AUGAACUUCUCUCUGAUCCUCUUCAUGGAGCAGAACAUGUUCUCAGGCCACGAUAGGGUUUCUGGCCAGGUUAACUCACGUGUAUUGCCUCCUGCUCCUGCAUUCAGCUUCUCCCUCUCCUUCAUCCCCCUUCGACCUGAUCUCAACAUCUUGCCAAUCGUACCGUGUCUGCUCCGGAGUUGGGGGCACGAGGAGUUUCAGCUCUUGCUCUGUGGUGAUCCCAAGAAGCAUGAAGAGACACAGUGUCAGCACAUCUCGUGCCGGGGAGGUGGUGGUGUGGGGUACCCUGUGCUGGGACACUUCAGCAGCAGAAACGUUGGUGGCAACGCAGGCUGGAAGCCCAAACUAGUGAUCAGAGGCUGUCACCUCCUGCGAUAUGGCCAUAGCCCCUCAAGCACAGGGUUGGGCUACGGAGGUUCUGGCUUUGGCUGCAGGAUCGGUGGAGCUUCGGGGGUCUGCACACCCAUUGCCAAGGUCGCAGUCAAUGAGCGUCUGCUCCGGCUGCUCAAGCUGGAGAUGGACCCAAACCUUCAGUCUAUGAAGCACCAGGAAAAGGAGCAGAGCAAGACCCUCAACAACAAAUUUGCAUUUUUUAUUGACAAGGCGACAGACGCCUGGCUCAACGGGCACUGCAGGCGCAGAGCCAUAACAAUCUGCCCAUGGUCCAUUUCGGACACCUCUGUUACUCUGCAAAUGGACAACAGCUGAAGCCUGAAUAUGGAUGACAUCAGUGAUGAUGUCAAAGCUCAAUAAGAUGACAUUGCCAAAAGAAGCCGGGCUGAUACAGAGUCCUGGUACUACAGCAAGGAACUGAAAGAAACCACAGGCAAACACGACAACAGCUUGCGUAACACAAAGAAUGAAAUUGUGGAGUUGAAUCGAGUGAUUCAGAGACUGACUGGAGAACGUGAAAACACCAAAGCCCAGAGACGCAAACUGGAAGGAGCCAUUGCUGAAGCUGAGGAGCACUGGGAAGUGGUUGUUGAGGAUGCAAAGUGCAAACUCUCCGAGCUAGAGGUAUCCCUGCAGAAAGCAAAGCGGGACAUGGCCCGUGAGUACCAGGAGCUCAUGAACGUCAAGCUGGCCCUGGACAUUGAGAUCACGACCUACAGGAAGCUGCUGGAGGGAGAAGAGAGCAGUAAAUCCCACUGA